GUACAGAACUGUGACUGUGCGCACACGAAGGUAACAGCUCCCUCUAUCCAUCAGACGAAGACCAGGAUGCAACUAUGGGAUGCGGUCGGACAAGUGCGCUGAUGCUGCUGAGGAAAAUAUUUCAGUUUUCUUUCACGAGAACACCAAAACAAAACGGACAUAAGACAAAUGAAAACCACUUAACGCAAGGAUUUAAGAUGGCACGACACGAACAUGUUUGCAGUCGUUUUUUUCGUCUGUGAAACAGACCGAAGAAACAAAAGCGUGCUCGUGAACACCAGCGCGAGAAGAGACACGAGACAAAACCGAAAAAUGAAGCGAUGCUUCAGAGCUUUAUUUGUCUUCGUCGCUCUUUUGCAAUAAACAAGAGACUGAAAAACCGUGAAAAACAAAUAAUUUAAGACUUCUGCUAUCUGCUCAUCACAUAACGCGCCUUGAAUAAGGAUUUGUACAAAACUCUGAACGCAAUAACCGGACUUUAAGAUCAAAGCUUCUGUUUAUGAAGACAUAUCGAAAACGAAAUGAGUGUGUACAGUAAGUUUGACGGCUGCAUCACCAAACCCGUCAUUGUGUGAUAAUAUAUGUGUGUUUUUCCUGUACUGACACUUCUAAUAACAGAAAUGAUGAGCUGCCUCUCUUGUUAUACCAAAUAUUGUUCUGGCUGGACUCAAGUGAGCAGUCAAGAUAGACACAGGACAGCGCAGCACCAGCCAACACACACAUUUCCUAUGGUGACACCGGUUAGACAUGCCAGUUUUACUGACACGUACACGCUGUACAAAAUCGACGAAGAGGAACAAGUCUGAAUUUUCCACUGUGUGGGUGAUGUUGUUGCGAUGAGGAUGCGCUUUCCUCUGAAGAAGAUCCGCAAGCAGUUCAAACUCCUUCUGCUGCUCGUUUUGCUUAUGUUUGCCAUUGGGUUCACGUAUCUUCACAUCAACCAAGGCAAAGCCAUCAAACUCCACUUCAACUAUGGGAAAGAUAUGGAGAGGCAAGCAGAUGGGAUGGGGUCCAAUCAUAAAAAACACCUCUCCUCAUCUCUCAUCCCCUUUGAGCAUGAGGAUGCUGCUGACAGUCAGGAAGAGGGCUUGGGGGGGGAAGAGCUCAAUGAAUCUGCUCAGGAGAGCCGUGCCAACGCUGAGAUGCGCAGACUCCUUGCCCAGAAGUUCCUCAGGUUGCCAUGGAAACCCGAGUAUAAAGGUCAAGCCAAUCUGCAUGUGUUUGAAGACUGGUGUGGCUCAUCUAUCUCCCAGCUCAGGAAGAAUCUUCAUUUUCCUCUCUACCCACAUACCAGGACCACCGUGAAGAAAAUUGCAGUGGCUCCAAAAUGGAAGAAUUAUGGCCUUAGAGUCUUUGGAUUUAUUCAUCCUUACAAAGAUGGGGAUUUCCAGUUCGCCAUAGCGUCGGAUGAUAACUCUGAACUGUGGCUAAGCUCAGAUGAGAGUCCGCUGAAUGCCCGGCUCCUGGUGUACGUUGGACAGCACGGCUCAGAGUGGACAGCUCCAGGAGAGUUCAGCAAGUUCAGAUCUCAAACUUCCAAACCUGUGCGUCUCAUGUCCUCGCGGCGAUACUACUUUGAGGUUUUGCACAAGCAAGAUGACAGAGGUUCAGACCAUGUGGAGGUGGGGUGGAGACCUUUCCUUCCUGGGCUGAAGUAUGAUGUCAUUGACUCAGCUUAUAUCUCGUUGUACACAGAUGAAUCCAGUCUGAAGAUGAACAGUGUUCGUCACAUCCCACAGACGCUGGCCAGUCAUUCUCUCGCUCUGCGGGUUAACCAUAGGACAGACACACAUACUGCAGAUAUGCUCAAACCAGACCCACGAGACACCUUCUACAAGAUUCCCAUGAUAGAUCAGUCCAGGCUGGAGAAUGUUCUGCCAUCUUGUGUCUACUCUCCAACCUACGUGGUGAAGGACUUCCCUAUCGCACGCUAUCAAGGCCUGCAGUUUGUCUACCUUUCCUACGUUUAUCCGAAUGACUUCACCAGACUCACUCAUAUGGAGAAAAAGAACAAAUGCUUCUACCGAGAGUCCCCGGUCUACUUAGAAAAAUUUGGCUUCUACAAGUACAUGAAGAUGGAUGAGGAGGAGGAUGACCAGCCUGUUUUCUUCCCCAAACCUGAUGAUUUCCUGGAGGAGGAAGAAGGUGUCGACCCAGAGGAGUCAAUCAAUUCUAGCAACCGGCCAGUCAAGAGGACUAGUCCACCCUAUCACAGAAUUACAGCGUCCACUGCCUCCUCGAAGCCUGAUAGAUUAGACAGGAGUUCAAAGAGCUACAUCUUUCAGCAAGGAAGGCAGUACGUUCAGUUAAAAGAGCGAGAGGGGAGUAAAAGAACGAAAGGGGAGAGGUAUUAUAAACACUCUCUGGUGGUGGAUGAUGAAAUGACAGAAAUAAGACAGGCAAAGGGUAGUGCAGGUGCGUUAGAUCCUCAAAGUGGGUCUCUGAAUGAACAGACGGGAGUGAGCGAGGAGCAAGUGGGAUCCCAAACACUUGCGCUGGUUCAGAGAGGACGUACUUUGACAUGGCUACUUCCUGACCCAGGACUGCCAAACAAGAGCAAGUUGUUGGAAACUGCUAGCCCACCUGUGAAGGGACGAUCCCCAUUUAAGCUUCCUCAGAAGUCCCCUCUCUAUGUUCUGGCUAAUCGGAUUUUAGGUAACGCAGGCAAACCUGCGGUUGGGACAAGUGUGGAAAAAGAGACGAAUACCAACAAAAUUUACAUCACUAGACCCCGUCCACCAGUAAGCAGACCAAAGCCUCCUGUGGAAGUGUUUCCUGGUGUCUUCCUUUAUCAAUCCAGAAAGACCAAAAGGCUUGUGGACUUGAGCUCAAAAUGGAGGUCUUUAAAAACACAAGCCUCGGCUUCUCUCCCCUGGCAGAACUUCCCCUUAAUGGGCCUUAAGACUUCCACCCAAUCUGCCCUAUUAAUGCACAGUCAUCCUUCCUUGCCUACGGAGCCUGGGCCUCAUAAUAGGGGUGACCCCACUGCCUCCAUAUCAGAUCCAGACAGCGUGUCCCCUUCAAGCUCAGAAAAGAGAGACCACCCUGGGUUAAACUCGUCUGAGAACAACCAGCCUCCGGAGGUGCAGUCAACAAAGAUUUCAGAAAUGCCGGAGGGAUCGGACAUGGCUCCUCAGAGCAGAGGCCUUGAAGAAGGGGAGAUGUCAGAGUACAGUUAUGAAGAGGCUGAAGUGAAGCCGCACAUGUCAGAAGAGACCAUAAAUUGGCAGCGUACCUUCAGCGUGAACCCUGUGGACUUUGAGCUGCUGAGGUCAGACUGGAAUGACCUGAGGUGUAACGUCUCGGGGAACCUGCAGCUCGCAGAGAACGAGGUCAUUGACGUGAUCUCACAGUACAUGGAGAGGCUGAAUGAGCGGAAUGGAGGGAUCUACACUCUGGUCCGUAUUGUGAAUGUAGAGAAGCGGAGAGAUUCGGCCAGAGGCAACCGUUAUUUGAUGGAGCUGUUGUUGAUGGAAGGAGGGAAAAGACUGGUGCGCCUGUCUGACUACAUCUAUCUGCUGUUGCACCGUAGUCGAUUUGAGGAGGGAAUUGAGAGCAGAGAGGGAACUAUGCCUUCAUCCCACCAUACACCCUCCAAAAACCCACUGCCCAGUGGCUCCAGUACCCAAACACACACUACUACACCCUGGAGCACCAGCUGGGCCAAACCCCUGCUCUGCCAGCCAUCCAUGUUAGAAUGGAGACAUGACGUGAUGGUACACUUUGUAGUACCAGUAAAGAAUCAGGCUCGCUGGGUGCAGCAAUUUAUCUCAGAUAUGGAGCUCCUGCACCGUGAGACAAAGGAUGAGAAUUUUAGCGUGAUCAUCGUAGACUUCCAGAGCGAUGACAUGGAUGUGGAGCAGGCACUGAAGGAGAGCACUGUACCCAGGUAUGAAUAUCUGAGACGUGAAGGGAACUUUGAGAGAUCGUCUGGAUUACAGAUGGGUGUGGACACCAUAGAGGACAGUCACAGCAUAGUGUUCCUGUGUGAUCUGCACAUCCACUUCCCUCACAAUAUCCUGGAGACCAUUAGGAAGCACUGUGUGGAAGGCAGACUGGCCUUCGCACCCAUCGUCAUGAGGCUGGACUGUGGGAGCUCACCUCUGGAGCCUGAUGGCUUUUGGGAAGUGAAUGGCUUUGGCUUGUUUGGAAUUUAUAAAUCUGAUUUUGAUAAAAUUGGUGGGAUGAACACGGAGGAGUUUAAAGACCGCUGGGGAGGAGAAGAUUGGGAGCUGCUGGACAGGGUUCUGCAGAACGGACUAGAGGUAGAAAGACUGCGACUGAGAAACUUCUACCACUAUUUCCACUCCAAACGGGGUAUGUGGAACAUUCCUAUUAAAAGACCAUCUCAAGGAUAACGGAAGGGCAGAGAGGACCCUGCUGUUGUUUCUGGCUGGCAUAGUGUGUGUGGUUGCCAUUUCUGCCCCAGACGACACUCAGGGGAACAUGGGCCUGCCACCAUGUGUUUGACGUGAGCGCUGGAGUUUGAUGAACAAGAUUCUCUCAAGGGCUUUGCCAAGUUCAUUCAACUUGAUGGGUAAAAUAUGAAUCUAUGAAGACACCAGGAGAACGCUAACAGUGGAUAAUUCAAGGCAUAUGCACAGAGACAUUUUAAAAUGCUUCUUCGCCAAUCUUAAAAUUUAAAAGAGAUGUGACAAGAGGCAGUUGUCUAAUAUUCUGCAGUUUGUCUCUUUAUUUCAAACGUACUGAGUAGUUUUAAAUAGCGGAGGUUUAUUCAAAGUACUUAUAAUGGUGCCAAAAUAUAAAGAGUGUUAGACUUAUACAGUAAUACAGAUGAGUUAUGAUGAAGGGAUAAUUUCUGUGAAAUUGUUUGUAGAGGAUGUAGGUAUGUACUUUUUCCCUGUUAAAAUUUCUUAUUUUGAAGAAUAAAUAAAGUUCAUUAAAAUGAGUCUUGUUCAGAUAUUAAUCCAUCUACUAACCACCACACGAGGGCAUACACGUGCAUCUAACAGAUGCAAGAACAUUUUGCCUCU